AUGGCCUCUCAUAUCCCUCUUGCGCUAUCUUUGCUAGGCACGUUGGCCAGUCACUAUCCAUUGGGUUCAAUAACUCAGAAAGCCGCGCCGCCCCCACCUCCAAGCGUUGCGCCCACAAACGCAACACCAAGCGCCUCCGCUCUACCUUCAGCUCCGCCAGCAACCACAACUGCAUCAAACCCUGUCGGAAACACGAAUGGAACUACUGCGCCUGCAGCAGUUGGGAGUAAUGGAAAUACCCCUCCAGCUAUAAAUCCUGUUGCCUUGUUUGCCACGUCCGACCAAAAUACUUCGAUGGUACGAGAACGCAUCCAUACUGUAGCAAGUCCUGUGCAAGCAAAAAAGCCGGCAAUGGUAACACUAAUCCUCCUGGAUCUUUCUCGGGGGCCGGAAAUAAUGGAAACUGCAACUUUUGCCACAAUAGACCCAAGUACACAGAUGGAACAAAGGUGCAUGAUUACUGCAGUAAAGCUUGCGCCAGGAGUGCAAAUGGUCCGCAUACGAAAUCUACAGGCGGAAGCGGAGGUAACUCGUCGGCUGCGACUUGCCAAGCUCCAGGAUGCCAAAAUCCUCCUCAUCCAGGAGGACACGAUUACUGCUCACUUGCGCAUAAAACGGGAAAACCUUUGCCUCAUGUGCCUCCAGGCUCCCAAGAUGGCAAAUUCUCAUUUCUGUAGUCAGCCAUGCAUCGACGACGCAGAAAGCAAAGGCCCCAUGAUCCUUGAAGUGCCCGCAGGCCAUGUAACCUUCAAAAGCGUCGCCGAUCAAUUUAAAGCAUCUUGGCGGCAUGUUGGGACAGUUUGCCCGCCCGUACGACGCGUGUACAAGAUUUUGGCUCCUCCAGCCUCUUUGGCUGCUUACAACACGUAUCGUUCAGCGGUCGAGGCUCGGGGACAAUUCGUAGGUUCAGGUCGAUCUGAAGGGAAUGAGAACCGACGCUGGCAUGGCACUCGGCGUGUUUGCAAUCUAGGGGACAAAGGACACACGCAAUUCUGUGCAGCCUCCAACUGUUCUUUGUGCUGCAUCAUCCGCACCUCCUACGAUAUAUCACUGUGGGGAAAGAAGACAGGCUGGGGAAGGUUUGGGAAAGGAAUCUACACGUCGUCGACUUCUUCCAAGUCCAACGAUUAUUCACAUAAUGAUUGCAAGUCGUCGUUGAAGGCAAUCUUGUUGAACAAGGUCGUCGUUGGGAAAGGAUGCAAGUUACUGCAGGACAAUACGUCGCUAACGGCCCCUCCUGUAGGAUACGAUUCCGUUCUCGCAGAGAAAGGAGGAAGUUUGAACUACGACGAACUCGUCGUAUAUACCAACGACGCCAUCCGGCCGUCUUUCCUUGUCAUGUAUGAUGAGCCUUGA